UCAUCCCUACAGGCUUUCUAGAGUAGCCCAUCGUCUCCUUCCCGGGAUUCCCCCCCCCUGCUCCGACCGCUUUUGGAAUGGUCCCUUUGGAAGCUUGAACAGGUUCCCGCGGAAGAGACCAUUUCUUCUGUCCAAUAGGGGGUGCAAUGGGAGCUGGGAAGUUCAUGGGGAGGAGGUGUGAUUAAUUCAUUUCCCUCUUGGGAGUCAUUUUUGCCGUCCUGUCAGUAUGCACGGCCGGCUGAAGGUCAAGACGACGGAAGAGCAGGCGGAAGCCAAACGCCUGGAGCGGGAUAAGAAGCUGCACCAUUAUGUGACGGCCACAAAAGCCAUCUUUGAGAAGAGGAAAUUGGGCCAACUGGACAAAGAAGCCCUGGAGCUGACCAGCCAGAUCUUAGGCGCCAACCCAGACUUCGCCACCCUCUGGAACUUCCGGCGGGAGAUCUUCCUUCACAUGGAGCAGGAGAUGCCGGAAGAGAUGCAGGCCCUCUGCAAAGCGGAGCUGUCCUUCCUGGAAUCCUGCUUGCGCGUCAACCCCAAAUCCUACGGGACGUGGUACCAUCGCUGCUGGGUAAUGCAGCACAUCCCGGAGCCGGACUGGGCCCGCGAGCUGGAGCUGUGCAACAAGUACCUGGAAAACGACGAACGUAACUUCCACUGCUGGGACUACCGGCGCUUCAUGGUGCAGCGGUCCCAGGUCCCUCCCCAGGACGAGCUGGCCUUCAGCGAUGACCUCAUCACCCGGAACUUCUCCAAUUACUCCUCCUGGCACUACCGCAGCCGACUCCUGCCGCAGCUGCACCCGGAUCCCCACCAGCAAGGCCGGAUCACGGAGGAGGUCCUCCUCAAAGAACUGGAGCUGGUACAGAACGCCUUCUUCACCGAUCCCAACGACCAGAGCGCUUGGUUCUAUCACCGCUGGCUGCUGGGUCGAGCUGACCCCGACCCAUCUCUCCGCUGCCUUUACGUGAACAGAGAAGACGCAUCUUUGGUGGUAGCAUUCUCCCAUCCUGUGGCAGUGGCUCCAGCCUCCCACGACUUGAUUGUGUUUGGAGACGAAUCCCCGCUGGUGGUCCGGUGGCGCACACCAGACGGCCGAAACAAGCCAGGACUUAUGUGGCUGUGCGACUUGCCCACCACGGCUCUCAACGACCACUGGCCCCAACACACUUUCCGGGUUCUGUGGGGAGAGGGCCAGUCCCAGAAGGAAUGCGUCCUUUUUAAAGGACACAAGGACUGUUGGAGCCAAGACUCAGUCACGGAGGAGCAGAUCUUCAGGUAGGGAGCAGAAAUGUACCCACCACUCAGAGGUGGGAUCCAGCAGGUUCUCACCAGUUCCCGAGAGUGGGUUACUGAUUAUUUGUGUGUG